AUGAGGGUUAGUUGUUUGCUAAGUGCGUUGAUCGUGCUUUCUCAUGCAGAUGCUAGCGUCGACGUUAUUGGUGUUCCUAAGGAUUUACAAAGUGCUUAUAAGGCUGACGGUAAAGGUAAAUGGAGAUGUCUUAACGAUAGCUCUAUUGAGAUAGACUUUUCACGUGUUAAUGACGGUGUAUGUGAUUGCCCCGACGGAUCAGAUGAGCCCAGCACUGGUGCCUGUGGAGAAUUGACAGAGUUUUAUUGCCAAAAUGAAGGUUUUAUCCCAAGAUACAUCUCUGGAAGUAAAGUCGGGGAUGGUAUUUGCGAUUGUUGCGAUUGUUCUGAUGAGGUCAAUACUCCACAAACUAGUUACCGUGGCAGAACUUGCCAGGAAUUAAAGAAGCAAUAUGAAGAUAUUUUGCAGCAAGAACGUCUAAAUUACGAGCAAGGGCUGAAGGCAUUGAGCCAAAAAUUUGAGAUUAAAAAGAUCGAUAGCAAGGAAAAGCAAUUGAAGAAUAUCGAAGAUCUUGACAAACAAUUAAGUAAAACAAAGGAUAAGUUACAAAAAUCAAAAGCAAGAUACGAGAAGGAGAAGCAAUUCUAUGUGGAAAAAGUCAAACUAAAUGACCCAAUUGCCUUCGAGUUGCAAAAGAUUGAUAUGAAUCAACUUACAGCUGAUCUGAACUCAACAUUUGCAACUGUUAUUCAAGCAGCUUCUGCUUUCCAAGAUAUCACAAAGAUUCUGGACGAUUUAUCCAUUGGUUAUACAAGAUCAUUGAAUGAUAAAGUUGUCAAUGAGAAUGUGAAAAAAUAUGAUGCCAUGAUUAAUAGCAAGGAAUUCGAUAGAGCAACGAUUAGUAGUAAAGUCGAAACUGAAUUACAUGAACAAUUACUGGACUACUUUGUCAAAGAGAUCCCUAGACUGGUGUAUGAUAAGAAAAGUGAUGAAACCAAUCCUGAGUAUGUUAUCAGGAAAGCUGGAUUUGUGAAGGCUCUGGUUUCAGGGAAGACAUCUUACAGUAACGAAAUUGUCAACAAGGGAGUGCGUAAGUUUAUUAAAGUCAUGGACACGGUAGCAAGCAACUAUAACGUUAAUUUUCAGGAUCGGAAAGUGAUUGAAGCUGCAGCUGCGUACCAUGAUUUCCUGGGUAAGUAUGAGAACCUCUUGAAUGGGAACACAAAGUUCACAGUCCCCGAUAAACUUAUCGAGAAUAUAGAUACAAUUAUCAAGAUUGUGGAGACGCAUGCUAAGGAUAUCCUGUCGGGCAACCUUCACAUUGAAGGUGGAGAAUCUGGUCCAUCUGAAUCAAGUUUGGAAGAGCUGAACCAAUUGAGGAAACAGCUCAAGUCGCAUGAGAAACAAUUGCAUAGUUUAGAAGAGAAAGUCAAGGGAUUAGAACUAGAGAAACAACAAUCCGUUUUGGCACGUGAAAAUGCUACAUUAUUAGCAUUUCAGAACAUUCUCGAGCAAUUGAACGCCCAUAAAAGUGGUUGUGUUUCAAGCAAGGUCAAUGAGUACAGCUAUGAGAUAUGUAUUGAGCGUGACUUGAAUGGAGAGUUAACUGGGAUGCUAACCCAGCGCUCCUUGAAUGAUCCCAUGCGUGUGGUUCGUAUAGGUAGCUUUACUGGGUUCAAUACCUUAAACGAGCACGAAUCUCAGGCCAAGCACCAAAGCCACCUGUCCGCGAAGUAUCCUGAUCUGGACGUGAGACAUCUCCGCAACGAAAGACUCAAAAUGGUGAAUGGCUCGAUCGAGGACGAAUUCGAGUACCUGUACGGUGACGAGCUCGACAACAUGGACCUCCCCAUCGUGCUCGGAUUUACGCGCGGUGAGAAGUGCUGGAACGGACCCAGUCGUGCCGCCGAAGUAUCGCUCAGAUGUGCUCCAGAGUUCAACAUCGAGGCUGUCACUGAGCCUACCAAGUGCUACUACAAUAUUGUGCUUGCCGGACCACUGGGCUGUGUCCCUCGUACUUAG